AACUUCUUUCAAAAUAGCUCUGCUCUUCUCCUCUAAGCGCAAGAAGUAUGAAAGCUCUGAAGUCGGCGGAGGCUGUAAAUGCUGUACAGCCACUUCAGACGACGGAUUGACCAAUCAGAGCCUUUAAGUAGGAUUUGCAAGUUUGCUGUCACGCAGCAGUGCCAGAGAGGAAAAAGGUCUGUGAAGCACUGAUGUAGGCUCCCCGGUGGGAAAGGAAUGGACCAAGGCCAUGGCGAAUUGUAAUCCACUUAGAUCACCGUCCUCCACCCUCAGUGAGGUCAACCUGGGACCCUCAGCAAACCCACAUGCCAAGCCCACUGACUUUGACUUCUUGGCUGUUAUUGGAAAAGGGACCUUUGGGAAGGUCCUGCUCGCCAAGCUCAAAGCUGACAACAAAUUCUAUGCAGUCAAAGUUUUACAGAAGAAAGUCAUCCUGAAGAAAAAUGAGCAAAAGAACAUCAUGGCAGAGAGGAACGUGCUGCUGAAGAGCUUGAAGCACCCUUUCCUGGUGGGCCUCCACUACUCCUUCCAGACCGCAGAGAAGCUCUACUUUGUCCUGGACUAUGUCAAUGGGGGAGAGAUCUUCUUCCACCUGCAGAGGGAUCGGUGCUUCUUGGAGCCAAGGGCUCGGUUCUAUGCUGCUGAGGUUGCCAGUGCCAUCGGCUACCUUCAUUCCCUCAACAUCGUUUACAGAGAUCUGAAGCCAGAGAAUAUUCUCUUAGACUCUCAGGGCCAUGUGGUGCUUACAGACUUUGGGCUGUGUAAAGAGGGAGUGGAGCCAGAGACCACCACGUCCACUUUCUGUGGAACCCCUGAGUAUUUGGCCCCUGAGAUUCUGCGUAAGGAGCCCUAUGACCGCACGGUGGACUGGUGGUGUCUGGGAGCUGUGCUCUAUGAGAUGAUCUAUAGUCUUCCUCCUUUUUACAGCCGGGACAUGUCUGAGAUGCAUGAUGGCGUCCUGCACAAGCCUCUGCCGCUGCCCCCAGGGAAGUCAGACGCUGUCUGUAGUCUGCUCCAGAGCCUCCUGCAGAAGGACCAGCACUGCAGGCUGGGAGCCAUCGACGACUUUUUAGAAAUCAAGAACCAUGUGUUCUUCUCCCCGAUUAACUGGGAUGACCUGUACCACAAGCGAAUCACUCCUCCAUACUACCCCAAUGUGAAAGGGCCAGCGGACAUGCAGCACAUAGACCCAGAGUUCACCAGAGAGAUGGUGUCUAACUCGGUGGGCCGCACCCCUGAGCUCAACGCCAGCACCAGCAGCUCCAACGCCUUCAAUGGCUUCUCCUACGUCUGUGGUGAAGAAGACCGCUUCCUCUAAGACAGGGAGGGAGGUCCCUCACAGCACCACCACUGCCUGAGCUCGAGGUAGAAGAUACCCCUAACCACAUCUAGGAUUUAAUUCCUCAACCCCAAAUCCUAACCUUAACCUCUUAAGUCAGGAGGAGAAAAAUAUAUUUGGCCCUUGAUUCAUCAGUUAGUGGCAACCUCUAUCAACUUCAUUGGCCACAGCCAUAGAAAUGGAGCACAUGAACAGAAUGCAUUUUUGUGUAGGCUAUGGACGGGGCUGCCACGUCUGUUUAUCUAGACAUUAGAACAGGCAGACGCAGCAGGCACAAAUGAUAUGUGUGAAACUAGUCGAAACCAUAUUUCUGCUCUUUUAAGUGCUGUUUUUAAUACAAACACGGUGGACUUUCCAAACAUUUGUUAUUUUGAAUUAAAAGUGAUGAUUGUCAAACAAUA